CACUCACGCACACCAAUGCAUGCACUCGUGGAAGAAAUCGCAUUAUAGUCGGUCCUCAAUUAUCCUUGCUGCUGUAAAACAUUUCCCCCGAUGAUGAUGAUGGAAAAAAGAAAUUAAAGCUAAAGCGGAUAGUUUCUGUCGAUUCUCGGGGUUUCGGGGGUGUCGAUGUAUGUUGUUGUUUUUGUUUUCGGGUGCCGUGCUUUUCCGAGAUCCGAUUGUCGAUUAUAUGGCCACUGCCGCCAGCGUAGGGGAAACGGACGGCGGAUAAGGAUUUUUGUUUUAUCGCACGCAUUUAGUUGUCAUCGCGCGUUACGGCUCUUCACACAUAGAUUUAGCGAGCAGUCGGAUAUUCGGUUCCGCAAAAAGUUCGUCGCUUGCGUGUUGUUACUCAGCUGUAUUCCUUCUAGGAUUAGAACGUUUCGGAUGCAAAUAAUGGCAGUAGAAGAACACUAUUGUUUAGAAACAGCAGUCGUUACAUAACUUGAACUACAGAAAGUCCACCGCUGUUUCCCCGGAAAGAAUCAUAUAGCCGGAUGCGAUUUAAUAGUUUUUCAAUCACCGGAUAUAGCUCAAAAGUCGGAAUUCACGCUCAACUGGUUUUUAUGCAAAUGCAGAACUGAUAUCAGCCAUUGCAACCACUGACCGCCAACGGUAGAAAAAUAAUCCGUUGAAAAAAAAGGAAGACCUACAGAGGGAGACAUCCUAUCGCAGUAGCCUUUGUCCUCCGAUAUCUGUAUUGGUAGCGUUUCCUAUUGUGCAACCAGAAACAGCUGGUAUGUGGUGAAAAGAGCCGGAUGUACGUGUAGACGCGCUAUCAUUCCUGUGGCUACCAGUGAAUGUGUCUGUGUGGUCUCCGCCAUAUCUGACCAUCAACGAUCCCCACCGACCGCCCCUCAACUGUGCACUGCUGCUCAUUCACUCAGAACACAAACGCCAGAAAGCAAUCGCAACAGCCAGCGUGCGCCAUUGCAACAGGAUUCUAUAGCAGGCCCCAAAAGUCUCAGCCAACAUUGGCCACCGAAACCAGAAAAUCCCCCACCCAAUCCGGAACUAGACUACCCAAUACUAUCCCGGCGGCGGGACCCCAUCGUCGUUCGCCCGACCGAACAGAACUGAGAGCGUUCCUACAAACAGAGAGCGAGAUUCGUGCUGUGUGUGCGCGCCCACCUCGGUGUGGAUGAGUAACAGUGCCCGGAAAUAGAGGUGUCCGGUAACGUUAACCGGUUCCGAUCGUCACUUUUCCCGUUCCUUUUCCUUUCCGAUACACACACACUUUUCGUGACCUUUUUUUGUGCUGUACGCUGGCAGCCGCACGCCGCAUACAAUUGCAACAACUGUUACGGCUUCCAGACCGGGCCGGGACUUGUGGUCUAUUGUUUUCGGAACUAAGCUUACCAUCGCUGGAGGAGAAAAGUUCGGGCAGCCCUCUAAAUAAAUAAUUCCAUUCUUCUCGGUGGCCAACCGAAUUUGUGACGGCUCAAAGGACCAAACCAUGGACAAGCAAGUCCCAACCGAGACGAGGAAGCAUGUGAUUGUGUAGAGGAAUUUUUAUGUCCGCUAUCAACCGGUGUGCUAACAAUAUUGAGACCUUUGAGCACAAGAGCAACAGAAGGCACAAACGAGUGAAGAAAAAUCACCAGUAAAAUUGAUUGUGCUCCACGCGUUUUUUUUUGUCAACCAACCUUCCGCUACCAUUACCAUUGCCUUCGUCGUCCAUUUCGGGAAACAAAGUGGAACCGUUUCUUUGGACAUUCGACGAACGGAGCGCCAUUGAUGAAACCGGACGUGGCUGCGGAAAAGGAGUGAAUAAUUUCAAUUGUUUUUUUCCUUCUUUGCCCGGAAAGGAAACUCGCGCGCGCUUUCGGGUCAUCUACCGUAAUAUUGAUCGAUCAGGUCGUGGAAGUGAAAGUGAAACAAACCGGAAGUUCCGUGCCGGGGCAGUGCAUUCUGGUUGGUGGUGACAAAAACCGGGAAAAUUAAUAACGUGCAAUGUCCUGAAUCCGCCCGACGUGAACCUAAUACCUAGUGUCACACAUUUAGCCACAACGACGGAACAAAAUUUAGUGAACCUUUCAGAAACCGAUAUUUGUGAGUUGUGUUAGAAAAUAAUUUACAGAAAAAACCCACCAAACAAGAAAAAACGUAACGCUGUUCGAGGAAAAGCUGUUCAAAAUUCGUCUGAAAACUGGAAAACCACGGGAGGAGAGCACUCUUGUUGACGACACUUCCGGUAGAAUUAUGAUCGAUAUAAAAAGUUCGCCCGAUUAUCUCAAUCGGUCAUCCGGUGGUGGAUCAUCAUUUGGUAACUUUUCAAUGUUACUCGCUGAUUCAUCCUACAAAUCAUCAUGGGGUUCUCAUACUUCAUCGCAAAGUCAAGGCUACAGUUCAAAUGCCCUGAGCAGCAGCGUUAGCAUCGGAAAAACUUCACUAGAUGCUCAUUCGCCCUUUCGACAGCCAGAUCCAUAUCAAAUGUUUGGUCCCACCAGUAGUAGAUUAGCUAGCUCCGAUUUUGUUUUUAAAUUUUCAGGAUCAGGUCAAAUACAGCUGUGGCAGUUUCUGCUGGAGCUGCUGAGCGAUUCGGCCAAUGCCACCUGCAUCACCUGGGAGGGCACAAACGGCGAGUUCAAACUGACCGAUCCGGACGAGGUUGCGAGGCGCUGGGGCGAGCGGAAGUCCAAACCGAACAUGAACUACGACAAGCUGAGCCGGGCGCUGCGAUAUUACUACGAUAAGAACAUCAUGACCAAGGUGCACGGCAAACGGUACGCAUACAAAUUCGACUUCCAGGGUCUGGCAGCGGCAACGCAACCACAAACCGAUCCGACCUACAAGUACCAGAGCGAUCUGUUCAUGUCGCCGUACCACCACGGAGCCAAACUGAGCUCGUUCAUGAGCCCGCAUCACAGCAUGACGUCAUCUUCCGCCUCGAUCUUCCCAUCGGCUGCAUCCUGGGGCAACUGGGGCAGCCCGGCCACCAAUCUUUACCCAUCGCACACGAUGUCCCACGUGACGCCGUCGCAUGUGGCGCCUCACCUCGGAUCGUAUCCACACUACGCAUGACCAACACCCACGACGACGAGCUCGACGCAUCAUCAUCACCACUCGCAGGUCGACAACUUCGACAUCUACAAAAAGUUGACGCCGUACGAAUAAUAGCAAAUGAUGCAUCCGUACCCGCUGCAGCAGACGUCGAGCUCGCCGCCGCACCAGCAACAACCACCGCUGCUCUCAUCAGCACCCCAGCAGCCACAUCAAUCGCCACAAUCGCCGCCGCAGCAACAACUUUCAUCGACAUCUCACCAUCAUCAGCAUCCUCAUCUUAGACAACAACACCAUCAUCAUCAUCAUCAUCCGCUCACUGCUGAUGUCACCUCGGCAGUCAGUGAUCAGUUCUACAGACGAAAUCUAGAUAAAUGUAUUUUAGACCAUCUCAGCAAAUGUCUCAACUUUUAAGCAGUUUUUUCGAGAGAAAAAUAAGAACGAAAACAUGCACUCAAAGAUGAAGAAACAUAUUUUAAAUGAUAAGAUUAUACAAAAUAGCCGAUCAGUGCGGAUUUCCAAGUCAGUGUAUACUAGCAAUAUUUUUCGAUGUAACAUGAGCAGAAAUCUCACGACACUAUACAAAUGAAACAUAAACUAGUCUUCUGCAAAGAGAACAAAAAUACCAUAGAACAAAACGUCGUAGGUAAUAAAUGAUUACUAAUAUUUAAGGACAUAUUGAAAAAAAAACAAAAAUCCAACGUUUGUACAUAGUACCUACCAUAGAACUAUUCUAUUACGCGUCAGAUUCGUUUCCGUUUGUGAUAUAAAUGUAUGUAAAAAGUAAAUUGGCAAGUAUUAUCGAAAACAAACUAGUCUUCUCUAAUAUUCUCUAACGAUAUCCAAAGAACAGACAGUGCAAAAGUCAACUUUGAAGAAAGUAACAUAGGUAUGUAUUUAUUGUUUUUAUUUUCAACUUUUAUGACGAUUUUUUAACCGGCUUAUUUAUUCUAUUUAUGUUCUAACCUCACGAAGAAAAGCAAAUAUUCGUACAUACAAAGACUGUGAUAGUUAAUGACACUUGUUAAAAUUUUGUUCUCGCAACAGUUUUUACUCAAAUCGUCUACAACUAUUGAAUAAAAACUAUGUUUUACCACGAAAAGAAAAUCUUAAACAAAAACAAAAAGAUGAACAAAGAUCCAAAAGUGUUUAGCAUUAAGUGAACGAUUCUAGCUCUAAAGGUGUAAAUAGUUAUUUACAAAAUCUGAACAUACUCAAAACAUAGGUGUAGCAAAAAAUAAAUAACUUGAAAACUUGAAUCUUACUACAUAAGCUGAGAAAUAAAACCCAAGAGCAAUCUGCAUGGAUGUGUAAUGUCGUCGAUUCUUAAAUGUCUCAAAGAAGUAAAACCAUCGUAUAAAAGCGCGUGUAUGUAUCACUCGUUUCUGAGAAUCGUAACCAGUUCUCAGCGCACAAUGCACCCUUAAAACUUGUGUAAAUAAUCGUGUUACAGCAGCCCUUCCAUAGGCUCAGCAUUCAUGUAAACUAUUAGACUCUAUCUCGAAAAAAAAAACAUCACAACAACCUUAUCAGAUUGAAUGUGACUUAACAAAGUGUGAAGUUCGUACAAAGGAAAGCCGUACGUCGCAGUACUAAAUAUCAAAUAAAACGAGUGAAUUGACAAAAACAAAAAUACAACAAAAUCUAACUGGUCCCUUAGUAUUUGAGGAAAAGUAAAAUGAAACAAAAAAAUAAUAAAUAAACCCAAAUCCACACUAUAAAUCAAUGUCUAUUUUUGCCCAGUCUAACCGAAACGAUUAAAUAUGGCGCUUCGAUCUCGAGCAAAUAGUCUGGAAACGAUAGGAAGCUCCAAGAAAUGUAUCACAACUACAACAACAACAACAACAACAUCAAAACAGUAACAAGUAAAAAAGAAAUCAAAUAUGUAACAAAAUUAAUUAAUAUACAUAACAAUUCAUAAAUGUGUAAAUGGUGUGUGGCAAAACUACAAAAUAAAAAUUACAAUUGGAAUCGAUAACAGAAAAAAAUAUCCAAAUCUAAAUCAAUCUUCACUGUACAUGAAAAGUAUGGAUAUUUAUACCAAAACUGCUAAUAAAAUUCAUAUAAAUGUUUGAAAAAUAAA